ACACAUUGAAUAUUGGAUAGUCCGCAGGUUUCUGUUUGUGCGUUACUAUCAGCAGAAAUGUUUCGAAGGCUUGUUUUCGGGUCCAAUAAGCUGCUUCGGAAUGCCAAGUGUGUUCGAAAUCUGAAAAUUCAUGAGUAUUCGGCCAUGGAGCUUCUGAAAAAAUAUGAAAUACCAGUGCCAAAGUCCAUCAUUGUUCGCAACGUUGAUGAGAUUAAGGCAGCCUGUAAGGAGCUUGGUGUUUUAUCUGAAGCAGAAAUAGAGAAUGCAGGCGAGACUGCAGAAAGCACUGAUAUAGUGUUAAAAGCUCAAGUGUUAGCUGGUGGUCGAGGUAAAGGUACUUGGGAUAGUGGAUUGAAAGGUGGAGUGAAAAUUGUUUACAAUAUAGAAGAAGCAGUGAAUGUGGGUAGUCGUAUGCUUGGUCAUCGAAUAUUCACUGCUCAAACAGGUGAUUCAGGUCAAUUAUGCAAUGUACUGUUAGCCUGUGAACGUAAAUAUUCCAGACGUGAGCAUUAUCUGGCUAUUGUAUUGGAUCGUUCAAGUGGAGGACCAGUAGUGAUUGGUUGUGAACAAGGUGGUGUAAAUAUUGAAGAUGUAGCCCGUGAAAAUCCUAGUGCUUUAAUUAAGAUUCCAGUUGACAUUAAUAAGGGUUUGGAUAAAAAGGAUGCCCUAUAUAUGGCACAUAAAUUAGGAUUUGCUCAUGCUGAUCAAGCUGCAGAAUAUAUUGAACGACUUUACAAACUCUUUAUGGCAUCUGAUUGUACACUACUGGAAAUUAAUCCUAUUUCUCAAGAUAUUAAAGGAGAUGUUAUCUGUAUGGAUUGUAAAAUGAAUUUCGAUGAUAAUGCUGCGUUUAGACAAAAAGAGAUUUUUGCUCAACGUGAUUGGUCUCAAGAAGAUGAACGUGAUGUAAAGGCAACCAAUGCUGGAUUAAAUUAUAUUGGUUUAGAUGGAAAUAUUGGUUGUUUAGUUAAUGGCGCCGGCUUAGCUAUGGCCACUAUGGAUUUAAUCCAGUUGCAUGGUGGUAGUCCAGCGAAUUUUCUUGAUGUCGGCGGUGGAGCAACAGCAUCUCAAGUUACAGAAGCCUUUCGUUUGAUAACAUCUGAUCCUAAGGUUAAUGCUAUUUUGGUGAAUAUUUUCGGUGGUAUUAUGCGUUGUGAUAUAAUUGCUCAUGGGAUUGUGGCUGCCGCUACGGAGUUAAAUAUUAAAGUACCAAUUGUUGUACGAUUACAAGGAACUAGAGUUGAAGAUGCAAAGGCAAUUAUUGCUAGUAGUGAUAUGAAAAUUUUGGGAUGUAGUGAUUUGGAUGAAGCUGCCCGCAUGUCUGUGAAACUGGCUGAUAUUGUCCAUUUGGCUCGUCAAGCUUCAAUUGAUGUGAAAUUUGAAUUACCCUAUUAGAGUUGGUCGAAAAGCUAUAGAGUUUUUAUAGUAGAGUUUAUCUGGAGUUCAUUGUCAAUUGGCUGUUUAUUUAUUAAUUACUACAACAAAUGUUCAUUGUUUUUCUUAACCUCUUUUUUUUGGCUUCUAUUACCGUCAGAUUACUGACACAUCUCUAGAGUCCAUAUAGUCAAAGAAAGAAAGAGUGAGUGAGAGGCGUAUACAACAGGUAAGCAUCGGUAUAUUAUUCAUCUGGAAGAAUUGCCUCCUGUCUAUUCAGAGAACAAUAAACUUUAUCAUACUCUGAGUUUCGUCUUUUUCCGUUUAUCCAAUACUCAUUACUGAAAAAUAAAACGGGCCAAUCAUUUUCUAUAAUAGAUUAAAUAAAGUUGACUUUAUUAUCUACCCUUUACCUAAAAGUUUCAGUAAGAUAACCUACCUAUUGUUUAAUUCGAUUAUUUAUCUUAACAACUUGAAACAAGGAGAAUUAAGCGUAUUGUUGAAUCUUUCUUCAGUGUUGUACUGUUGUACUUUAAAAUGUUUAAGGCAGAUAUUUUGUCUCGAGAUUUCUUUGACUUUUCGUUACUUAUGCUAGUACUAUUAUUAUUAUUAUUAUUAUUAU